CGGAUACUCUCGAAUGAUCCAUCCCUCGUGGCAGCGCAGGAGGACGCGGCCGCUGCCGUGGCCAAGUCCUUUGGCUUUGGCUGCAACAGAAGAAUGCGAUGGCAGCUCGCACGGUGGUAUUACUGUGUAGGCGAAUUCGGUUCUCAUAUCCGGAUCAGAGAACAGGAGAUCUUGCAUGAUGGGCUUGACCCAGGAUGAGGCGACGCAGGUGCUGCGCUGCGUCUCCCAGCUCCAAGCCGAGUUGCCGCUGCAAAAGGCCAAGCUCAGGAGGCUAAAGGACCUGCUCGUGGCGCGGGACCCAUGGCUCGUCGGGCUUGUCCAAGCCGUGGUCGCGACCCAGUCAAGCCUCUUGCCAUAUUUGCGCGUCUUCCUUUUGAUGCUGCCCGGCGACGCGUCGCGGACUCGGCGCGCCGACGGCUGCGACCCAAUGUGCCUGGAUCUCCUACUGACGCUGUUUCCCAUUUCGCCAGACGUGGCAGCCGACGCGCUGGCUGCGUGCGCGCAGGACGUUGUCCUUGCCAUCCUCGACCUCGACGCCGACCAUCCUCGUGUCUUCAACGACCAGAGCUGCUAAGAUCUUAGUCAUGUAUCGCUCAUCCGAAAGAGCCACGUUGCACCACGCGCCGACUCCGUCAAGGCUGCCCGAGCCGCGUGGUGCCUCAUGUUAUAUAACCUUUUGCUCGACGUUUAGGAAAAGUACCAGCAGGCUCGGAUUAAAUACAGGACAUCUCUACGUAAAGCAAUGUACACCGAAGUUACAAGACA